UGAAUUCAGGAAAUUGAAACUAACCCUGAUCCACUAUCCAGAGGGAGCCAUGGCUGCAGAGAACCCUGUGGAAAGACUCCAGGAGGAAGCGACAUGUCCCGUCUGUCUGGAAUAUUUCACAGAAGCUGUCACUCUGGAGUGUGGUCACAAUUUCUGCCGAGCCUGCAUCAGCCAGUGCUGGGAGGGAUCCGCUACAGCCGCCUCCUGCCCUCAGUGCAGAGAAACUGUGCAGCAGAGAAACCUCAGACCCAACAGGCAGCUGGCAAAUGUCAUAGAACUCGUCAAGCGGUUGAGUUUACAAGCAGCAAAGGGAGCAGGAGGGGACAGGGUGUGUGAGAGACACCAGGAGGCUCUGAAACUGUUCUGUGAAGAGGAUCAAACCCCCAUCUGCGUGAUCUGCAGAGAGUCCCGGACUCACCGCGCUCACACAGUGGUUCCCAUCCAGGAGGCUGCCCAGGAGUACAAGGAAAGAAUCCAGGCCCAUUUGAAAACUCUGAGGGAAGAGAGAGAAAAGCUGCUGGGAUUGAAAGCAACUGGAGAGAGGAAUUGCCGGGAAUAUCUGAAACAAACACAAACCGAGAGGCAGAAGAUUGUGUCUGAAUUUCAGCAAUUGCAGCAGUUCCUGGAGGAACAAGAGCGACUCCUGCUGGCCCAGCUGGAGGAGCUGGACAAGGAGAUUGUGAGGAUCCAGAAUGAAAAUGUCAGUAAACUCUCCGAGCAGAUUUCCCGUCUGAGUGAGCUGAUCAGUGAGCUGGAGGGGAAGUGUCAGAAGCCAGCGAGUGAAUUCCUACAGGAGAGGGAACAAACAAACAGAGCCCAAACAAAACCUCCCGCAACCCACCAGAUUUGAAAGUAGCUUCUUUCCUUAUCGGUCCUUCUGGUCAGGAGCCAACCAGGUUAUCUGAGCUUCUUAACCCCUUAGAGCUAAAGUGAUUCAGUACAGCUGCAAGUAGGUAUUUUAUGUUACUCUUUCCUUUAUAUUUAUGGCAGCUCACAAGAGGAGACGAGGAAGAGACAGGGUGGAGGUUGAGUGGGAG